GGCGGGGCUUAAGUGCAGACCACGCCCUUCUCUGUGACUCCACCUUCGGCCUUCGGCGUUUUCCAGCGAAGGUGUCCCCAAGGGAUCAAAACUUCAGCGUCACAGCUGGGACUGGCUUCGUGGUCCCUGAUGGGAGAGCAUGAACAGGUGGUAUGUGCGACCCUCUUUUGGCUGGCCUGCCCCGGGACCCUGACUACUGUGUAUCUCAUCUCCGCUCACCUCCUUCACUCUCCAUCACAUCUUGGCCUGCCAACCAGAAGAGGGGGUCCUCCUCAGACAGGGCUUUGGACUGUAUGACCCGCUGGUCCAGGACCUUGGAGCCUGAGAUCGUCAACGCUACUUCAGAACAAACACCGAGGAUUGUGGAUUGGGGGCCGGAGUGGGACUCGGCAUCUCAGCCUCAUGAGGCUGCCUCCUAUUCCAACUUAGACCUGCACAAGGAACAUUGUCAUGACCAGGAGCUUGUGAAGAGGAACCACAGCCCAACCAAGAAGUCCCCGGAGCCUGGCUCUUCUAAAGUAAAAGUUAAGAACGCCAUGCUAAUCCCUGAUGCUCAGAAGCUCUUGCGAUGUGAACUAGAGUCUCUCAGGACCCAGUUGCAGGCUCAGACCAAGGCUUUUGAGUUCCUGAACCACUCUGUGACCAUGCUGGAGAAGGAGAGCUGCCUACAGCAGAUCAAAAUCCAGCAGCUUGAAGAAGUGUUGAGCCCCACAAGCCGCCAAGGAGAGAAGGAAGGCCAGAAGUGGGGCACUGAGCAGAGUCGGCAGGAGCUGUAUGGGGCCCUGGCCCAAGGUCUGCAGGGCUUGCAGAAGACUCUGAGGGACGGUGAGGAGAUGCAACGGUCCCGCACGGCUCGCUGCCUACAGCUGCUGGCCCAGGAGAUCCGGGACAGCAAGAAAUUCCUGUGGGAGGAGCUGGAGCUGGUGCGGGAAGAAGUGACUUUCAUCUAUCAGAAGCUCCAAGCCCAGGAGGAUGAGAUCUCAGAGAACCUCUUGAAUAUCCAGAAGGUGCAGAAAACCCAGGUGAAGUGCCGGAAGGUUCUGACCAAGAUGAAGCAGCAGGCAUAUGAGCCAUCUUCAUGGCCAGAGGCUGAGGAGGGCCCUUUGGAAAGCAGUGGCUGCUGGAAGGAUGAUUUACAGAAGGAGCUGAGUGACAUAUGUGUCUCUUGGGGCCCCGUCUCUCUGUCCCCCCACAGGUCUGCUGUCCACAGUCUGCAGAGCUCCAUCGAUUGUCUUGCCUUGUCCGUGGGCACCAAGCCCAGAGCCUCCAGUCUCAGGGGCUCCAAGGAACACCGGUGCCUGAGUUCUCAGUAUCCCUCCUGGGACUCCGAUUCUGACUGGGAGAGACCUUUCAGCAAGAGUGGAUCCUAUCCUCCUGGUACAGACCCUCCUCAGCCUCUUACCAUCCCUUACCAUCUGGCCCCCUUGUGAUUCCCACAGUUUAGGCCUUGAGGCUGGCACUCUGUCUGGGCAUCUGCUCCUUGGCUGGGAACCCUGAGUUCUGGAGUUAAAGCUAGACCAUGACCUACCUUCUCUCCCCAUAGCUUGAGCAGCUGGGACUGCUUGCCCUGAAGACCCCUUCAGAGAGAAAAUAAACUAGCCGAGACCCUCCUCCA